AUGCGGCGCAGUCGCAGGCAGCGCGAGCGUCUCCUGAAGAUUCGCGAGACGCGCGAGAAGUUCCUGGAAGGUGGCAGCGCCAGCAGCGGCAGCGUGUUCGGCAGGAAGCGACGCGGCGUACAGGCUCGCAGGAGCUCCAUCAUGGCCUUAAAGGACGACAAGAAAUUCAGGAAUGCGGCCGGUGGAGGUACGCCGCUGACGGAUAUGGAAGGCGUCGCCCCCACGCGAGCCGUCGUCAUAGAUGUCUCCUCCGGGUCGCCGGCCUCCGAAGGGAGCUCGGAAGACGAGGACGACGCGGCGGGUGUCACCCGGAAGAGCAGAGAACUUAUCAAACCCGAAGAGCUGCUCGCGGACAACGACAGCCUGCAGACGUUCAAGGACGUAUGCAGUCCCCGCAAGAAAGGCCUCGCAUCCCCGCCGCCGGGAGUACACGGGCCGUCAGAGUCGCAGACCGAGACCGCGUCUCUCACCAGCACUGCGGCGGCGGAUCAAGCAGCAGUCUGCAAUACGCCCCCACCCAAGAAGCUGGCAGAACCGUUCGCGGGUGCGAAGUCGCCGAGGAAAUCUGCUCUCCACAAGCGCAAGGCGUCUAGGAGAGCUUCCGUAGUGUCGCGCAGCGCCGGCGAGAAAGUGACAAAGCCAGCGCCAGCAAUGUCACCGUCUGUCGCGACGAUGGACUCGUCGUCCGCGGUGGCUGGUAAAGCGAGCCCGCCGCAAGGCGACUUCUCUUCGGCAACAAGCUUAUUGAGCACCAAGGAGCCCAUCACGUGUGACAAACGCACUGCGCCUGCGAGCCCGGCCGAAAGCGUCGCGAAGAAAGACAAGGCUAAGCGACGAAAACCGAAGGCCAGAAGCCGCAGGAAGAAAGCGAGGGAGAAGGUGUCAAAAGCCGCGUCCGGCGCAGGAGCGAAAUCGCCCGCUACUCUUGAGGCCUCGUACACGGGUGGCGAUGUGGAUUCAGGUGCCGUCAGCGAAGAUAAGCCGCGUAGGAAGCAAGGAACUGCCGGAACCCCUUCGCAAGACAAAGAGCGCUCCCGUGUUGCAAGACCUCCAAUCGCCAGCAGGGUGUCUUCACUUUCUACUGGCGCAACCGCUCAUUCACAGGCUGCUGAAGCUGCGCGAAGCGAUGCAAGCGCGCAGAGGCAGUCGUCUGCUGGCAAGGGCAGUCAUCUCGGCGCGAAAACGAUCAAACAAGACAGAACUGUCACGCCGAAGACCGCAGUGCCACACGGCUUGAAGAAACGGACAGCGAGCAAACGGGAAGAACGCAUCGCCGAAGCCAAGCCGUCCGCACAGACUCCGGUGGACGCUCCGAGAAGUAGCGAGGCUGUCGGGAUAUCCGCAGCGGUUAGUCGUGAAGAGACCGGCGUGCAUAAAAGGCACGCCAAGAAGCACAGGACCUCCAAGUCGCCAGCCCGUGUUGUCGAGACAUCUUGCGGAGCGGCCACGUCGGCUAGAGACACCGAACCAGAAAGACCCAGCACGGUAACCCCACGCCCUGCAGCGUCUCCCGGCAGUGCCGAGAGGGUCUUCGACGAAGUCGUGGCCGUCCGCCACCAUCGUCGACGUAGCCACGGCGGGUCCAAUAAGCACGCCAAAGAGGACGACCGCAGGCGGCGCUCCACAAAGGCAAAGGGACACCGCCCCGUGGAAUCCACGUCGCCGGCGACCGGCGGCGAACUUCCGUCGGCGACGCUCGCCAACGUGACUGCUGACGUCGGCGGCGGCCCAUCCAGGGUCAAGGACUGCGCCGCGGCGACGGCACGCACGGACGCCUUUGCCGAUUUGACUACGAGCGUGGUGUCUGCGCCGUCGCCGCGUAGCCGCGUCGUGCCGCCCACUGCAGACGGAACACUGUCGGGCACCGACACGAUGUUCUCGUUGGGCGGCGAGAGGCGUCCACCCAGGGCGACGACGGCCGUCAGGGGCGACGACGUCACCGUCCACAUGGACCUGACCAGUCGCAACAGGGCGGCCAUGUUCUGGCCAUUUGGCCGCAGCGGCCACAAGAAAAAGAAGUGA